UAAGAAAACCAUGGCUAAAGCCUCUCUUCUCUCCACGCUCCUCUUCUUCCUCUAUCCAAUACUCUCAUAUUCGCAAACAUUACCAAUCAAUGUUUGGCCCAAGCCCACCAAUAUCUCGUGGCCCGUCCCAACGGCGGCGCCUCUCUCUCCUUCUUUUAAAAUUAUCUCUCCUUGCGCAGACCACUCUUAUCUCCAAUCCGCCGUUGAACGAUUCACCAGCCUUCUGUUCUCUGAACGUUACUAUCCAAUCGUAACCCCCGCCGUGAAUUUGACCACGUCCCGCCCUUUGCUUUCGCUGACCAUCUCCGUCGCCGACCUCUCCGUCCCUCUCCAACACGGCGCUGACGAGUCCUACGCGCUAUCAAUCACCUCGUCCACCGGCCUCGCGAAUCUAUCGGCGGCCACCGCAUGGGGCGCGAUGCGGGGGCUCGAGACCUUCUCCCAGCUGACAUGGGGCGCCGAUCCGCCGCUGGUCGCGACCGACGUGUACGUCGCGGACCGCCCGUUGUUCCCGCACCGCGGUUUGAUGCUCGACACCGCGAGGAAUUACUAUCCGGUCGCGGACAUAUUGCGGACCAUCGAGGCUAUGGGAGCUAACAAGUUGAAUGUGUUCCAUUGGCACCUCACGGAUGCGCAGUCGUUUCCGAUAGUUCUUCCAACGGAACCCGGGCUAGCGGAGAAGGGAUCGUACGGGACGGGGAUGCAGUACACGCCGGACGACGUGAAAACCGUCGUCGAGUUCGGGAUGAGCCGCGGCGUGAGGGUGAUGCCGGAGAUCGAUGCUCCAGCGCACACGGGAUCAUGGGCCGGCGCGCAUCCCGACAUCGUGACGUGCGCCAAUAUGUUCUGGGUGCCGAACGGCGCGGCAGACUGGCCCAACCGCUUGGCCGCCGAGCCGGGCACGGGCCAGCUGAACCCCCUGAAGUCGGAGACGUACGACGUCUUCCGCAACGUCGCCGCCGACGUCGCCUCCCUAUUCCCCGAGCAGCUCUACCACGCCGGCGCCGACGAGGUCACCCCCGGCUGCUGGAAAGCCGACAGCUCCAUCCAAGCCUUCUUAGCUGCUGGCGGCACUCUUAGCCAGCUCCUGGAACUCUUUGUCAGUUCCACUCACUCUUUUGUACUGUCCCUGAACCGCACAGUUGUGUAUUGGGAGGACGUUUUAUUAGACCCUGUGGUUAGGGUUAACCCUGCAUUAAUUUCCCCUAAGAAUACUAUUCUUCAAACUUGGAACAAUGGGCCCAAUAAUACUAAACUUAUUGUCUCCGCCGGGUAUCGCGCGAUCGUCUCGUCGUCCGACUUCUACUAUUUGGACUGCGGUCACGGCGAUUUCGUCGGGAAUAAUAGCAUUUACGAUUCGGUCGGCAGCGACAGCGACAGCGACGGCGGUUCGUGGUGCGGGCCGUUUAAGACGUGGCAGAGGAUCUAUGACUACGACAUCACUUACGGGCUCAGUGAGGAUGAGGCUAAGUUGGUGCUGGGCGGGGAGGUGGCGUUGUGGUCCGAGCAGGCCGACUCGACGGUGCUGGACGGCCGGAUUUGGCCGAGGGCGUCCGCGAUGGCGGAGGCGCUGUGGUCGGGGAAUCGGGACCCGGCCGGGAGGAAGAGGUACGCCGAGGCGACCGACCGACUGAACGAUUGGCGGCAUCGGAUGGUGGGGAGGGGGAUCAGGGCCGAGCCGAUUCAACCUUUGUGGUGCAGGACCCGUCCUGGAAUGUGCAACACAACUUAAAAGUGUGUGAUAUGUUUAAUUCUCCUGUGUGGUUCUUACGUAUUCAUUUGUGCUUGUUUCACAUGUAUGAUCGUUAUGUUAGUGUUGAUUUACUUUCUCUUUUGUUAUUAUAAACUAGUAAAGUACUACACUACUAAGUCUCUCUAUAGUCUUUAAAAUGUAUCAUUAUGGUCCUUAAAAGUUAUACAAAAAGAAAUCCA